CUCACAGAGAGACAGCUACAAGCACUGAAAAUUUCCACCUGAUCAUGGAGUUCUUCAAAAACUGCUGCAAGAACAUCAUGAAGACGAGGAAGCAAGAGCAGGAGACCGAAGUGAUCACAGUCAAGAUGCCUCCGAAGGAGACGGCUGCCACAGAACUUACGUCCAAAGAGAGGAGGAUGGUGACCGAAGAUUACCUCCUCUCCAAAAUGCCCCCAGAUGGGAGAGAGGUGCCGUUUGUCCUGCCAACAUUCAAGGCCUCCUACAUUCAGCCCAGAGAUCUCCACUUCCCCAACCGGCAGGCUGGGAUGCAGAGUUCAGCCAGGUCGACAUACGCAGAGCGGAAGGCGGAGCUGCUGGGGGCCUACAACCCUGAGUCCAGCUUUCACCAAGGUCACAUGUCAGCGUUUGUCUCCCCCGGCUUGACCCACCGAGAUGUCCUAAAGAACAGAAAGUCCAGUCCACAAGGCCCAGGUUGGUCCAUAAAGCCGGGCAGCCUGCAGCAGCUCAGCAGCUCCAUGUUUGAUCUCUCUAACCCUCAGAGCCAUAUGCAGCGGUUUGACUCGUCCAGCACCUUCAGCAGCACAUCCACUGUGAUCAGCUCCAUGGAUAGCAGUCUGGACUCGAUCAACAUGUCUGAGGACGAGCAUGAGCUGGGGAAGGUGUGGGUCCGGCUGAUCUAUCGGGAGGAUCUGGAACAGGUGUGGAUCACCCUGGUCCAGUGUUCAAACCUCAACCUUCAUCUCAGCGAGGUGGAACAACAGCAGAUAUGCUUCAAGGCCACCAUCACCGUUCCCAAACCUGUCCAGUUCAGGAGCUCAGUCCGAGAGUACUGCCAGGACGUGUCCUUCAUGGAGACCUUUGUGUUCGCCCUGCGGCUCCAGCAGUUGCAGCGUGGAGCGUUGGUGCUGCAGCUGCAGACGCAACAGCCCAGGAGGCGCACGGUGGCAGAGUGCGUUCUCUCUUUGAGACAGCUCGGCCCGCAGGAGUCCGAGCACUGCCUCCGCCUCAAGCCUCCGUCCAAAUCCUCAGUGAGCCGCUCUGAUCUGCAUGUCAGCACCUGCUUUCAGCCAGUUAACGGACGCAUCCAACUCGAGGUCCACGCUGCCCAGAACCUCCCCCCAUCUUCCUCACCUCUCUCCCACGCCUUUUUCAUCAAAGUGGAGAUGCACCAGUUGGGUCAGGUGGCCAUAAAGAAGAAGACUCGAGCGUUGAAGGCGUCAGGAGGUCGGUGUCAGUGGGACGAGACAUUCCACUUCCCGUUGACGUCCUUAGAGCACGCCUGCUCACUGUCAGUCAAGCUCUACAACCGCAGCUCUCUCAGGAGGAAGCAGUGUCUUGGACAGGUCCAGCUGGGCUUCGACAGCCCCAUCCAGCAGGUCGUGGAGCAGUGGACGGACACAAUGACUCACCCGGAGAAAGUGGUGACAGACUGGUACAGGCUGAGCCCCUGCUGA